AUGUACCAGUGGGAUAAGGCUGAUAUCGUACGCAAGCGCUUGAACUUGAAGGAUUCACGCAGCCGGCGUGGCGCUGUUCUCUCAAACGGCGAUCGCGCAGGCUCGCCGAUUCCGAAUAUCAAGGAUGCUUCUGCUGGUGUCAAACAAGGUGCCGAUCUUCAAUCUGCGGACAAGGCACUUCGGGAUGCCGGUCAUGCUGCAGAUCAGAUUAAUCCACUUUGUGGACCUGCGAGAUCCAGGCCACCUAUCUUUAACCCUUCAGGAUAUUCGACGCUGAUCAGGACGAUCGCAGAGGUACAUCCGUAUGCAAAAAUGGCAUUGGGCGUGCUAUCUUGCUCAUCAAUAAUAAUUCUUGCUCAAGCGGAUCGCGACGAAGCGAUACUCGACCUCUACAAGAAGUUGGGUCAAGUGUAUGGCUUCGUGGUGCAAAACGACACGCUUCGCCGGAUUGGUAUCUCAGCAGACCCUAGAAUGCGUUUCAUUCAGGAUUAUUCGGAGAAGACAAACCUUUACGAAAUAGUGGAGUUCAGUGGUAUGGCUUAUGCGGAGGCCGCAGGGCUAGAAAUUAUGAAGCGAUGCCUGCCAGGGACGCGCACGGACAUUCUCUCCGACAUCAUGGGAUGGACCAACGGCAGUAGAGAUGAUAUUCCACGCGUGCUAUGGCUAUCCGGCCCUGCCGGAACAGGUAAAUCAGCCAUUGGCCCCACGAUCGCUAGCUCGUUCAUUGGCGUGGGUGGACUCGUUUCCUCCACUAUCGCGCGCGACCUGGUUGACUGUCAUCCCGAGAUGAGACGAGCGUUACCGGAUGCAGUCCAGAACGCAAAUGCGCUCUCUUUCGUAUCGCUUCGAGUGAUGGAACACGGACUUUCCUUCAAUAUCUGCGAUCUAAAAUCAUCCUAUCUCCCCAAUUCCGAAGAUCCCGGGCUGCUAGACCGAGUUGAAAAAUUUAUCCCUCCACAUCUAUCCUAUGCCUGUCGAUUUUGGCCUGACCACGUACAAGCAACUCACUUCGAUCCAGACCUCGCCAAAGAAACAAAAUCACUCUUCGAGCACGAGCGACUGUUCUUCUGGCUCGAGGUACUCAGCCUUAUCAAUGCACUGAGCGGCGUAGUCACCACUCUCCCGCUUAUUGCCAAGUGGUCGAAGGGUCACGCUGGAUAUGAAGAUGCCUCGUCUGCUGCAGUGGACUUGAACGAGGAGGGAGAGAAUGUCGUGGUUAAUACGCAGUGCUCAUCCUUGCUUCAACACUGGGCAAAUACCCGUCAUCGUAUUGGUCAUACAAUAGUCCCAGGAACUAUUCCCGUGGGCACUCUCCUCUACCAUGGAGCUAUCACCGGUCCCCAUUUACCGACCGCCUUGGAUUGGGUGGCUGUAGAGCCAGACUACUCCAUACUUUUCUGUCAAGGGCCAAUCGAAACAGGGUGCUGGCACCUCACCCUUGCAGUCACUCGGCCAAUGAAAGUGCUCUAUUUUGAGGGAAGCAGCGCUGCAAAAAUCCCUGAGGGCACUAUGGACACCCAAGAUCUCGUGGCAUGGUCGGAAAUGAAGCCCGAGUGGGUGUGGAAUGAAGAGCGGCGCAUAAAGGAUCUGUGUAAAUGGGGUCAGAAGCAUGGCGUGAAUGGCUUUGUGAGCGAAAUCAUGAUCUGCGACUUCACCUCUCACAUGGAAGUUAUUUCAUUCUUAAAUCUCGAGAGCAUUCGUAUCGGCAUCGACUGGCCAUAUCUGCCAGAGGACCCCGAUAGUAUGCGUCACCGUUUUGAAUUAGUGCAUUCUGCGUCAUGGCGCGAAAAUUAUCCAGGAGAAACCCGGAUUAUGCUUGAUUUUUCUGAACUCGUCUCUUUCUACGACACCGCUCUUGUUCCCUCCUUAGUGCCGCGCCGUGCAGGCUUAGACCGGUGGGAUCACCGAGUGGCAGGAAUAUCACCGGAGGAUAUAGAGCGCGUCCAAGACAGGCUAGCUCAAGCGUUAGCACGACCACCCGUGACCACUAGCGGCAUUGACUGGAAAACGGUCUUGCGCGUGGUGGUCGGUCGAUAUGCCAGCCGCCUGGAGUUCAUACAGCACCUUCUGAAACUGUCGUUGGACGAUGGGUCGAUCUUUGACCACGCACAACAAAUUCAGAGACAGUUGCGCACCGUGCUUUUGCCCUACACUGUGUUUGCACCUCUGCCUCCCAAUACCUCCGUCACCGCCAACGCGACAAAUUCGUGGGCUGCGCCAGUUUUUCGGGAAUGUGCUACGUCGCACGCGGCAUCCAUAGCGUCUCGUGGAACAACAUUGACGCCCUCUGAACAUUUGCUCCUGCAGGCGGUGCGGGAAACUACGCAUGAAAUAUGUCGCGUCGUCACGAAGAUGUGGGCUUCCGGAAUGAAUUUUGGAGUCGACGUCUUUUAUCCUCCGGAACGACGCCCUGAAGUUGAUCACAUACAUACUCUCACGGGCGAAUGGAAGGAGGAUGUGACGCAGUUAAUCUCCUGGUUGAACUGGAGCGUGUGGGUGAACUGCCGACCGGCCUGUGGUUUCGAGGUAACACAAUCAAAUCUACCUCCAAUUAUCCAAAUUCCUGGUGUAGCGAUUCGCCUUAAUGAAACUGCACUCGUUCGACAAGAUUUCAACGCCUCUGGCAACGCGUGA